CUAUAUAUAAGAAGCUCCACCACUUGCUUGCAUUCCUCCCCCACUCUCCAAUUCUUUACAAAACAAUGAAGAAGUCAUCUGCAGUAUAUUACAGUGGAUGUGAAGAACACGAAUAUCAACCCCAUUUCCUUGAUGCUUGCUUUCUUUGCCGGAGACCCUUGGCUCACAACACUGACAUCUUUAUGUACAGAGGGAACACACCAUUUUGUAGCCAAGAAUGCAGGCAAGAGCAAAUGGAGAUGGAUGAAGCCAAUGAGAGAAAAUGGAAGCUUUCUUCUAAGAAAUCCUCAAAAAAUACACACAGAACUAAAACUGAAAUCCCCGCCAAGGAAACUGACACAAAUAAAGCUGUACGGACUGGCACAGUUGCUGUUUCCUGAAUCUUUCAAUACUCUAUAUUCUUAUAUAUGGACAUGAAUUAUUAUGAGGCUACAACUCAAACAAAAUUAAAAAGGAAAAAAGACUGCUGCUGCAAGUCAUUUGAAAAUGAUUUCGACUACAAAAUCAUCUGUAAAUUAAAGACAUGAUGGGAAUCAAGAAAUCAAUUUUGAAUCCUUACUUUUUUAUUUUUCUAAUUUUUCCUUUCGUUAAAUCUUGUGGAAUAUGUCUGUAAAAUGGGCAUCCAUAUUUGGGAUGGUUUGAAAUGUCUUAUCUCCUAUCUUCACAAUCCUUGCUUUCAUAUUAUAAGCUAAUCCGAGAUUCCGAGGUCGUGAAAUUA